UCAAUUUCAUAGAUCUACUUUUAUUUCUCGAUCAGGUAUUUAAUUGAAUAAUCAAUUUGGCUAUAAAUUCAAGUUUUCAAUAAGCUAUUAUGAUCAUAUGAUAAUUCCAUAGUUUCAUUUGUAUUUCAUCAAUAAUUUCAUGGCACAAAUAGAGUUUCUUAGGCACAUGUCACUUGUGUCAUUGAUUGUGCUUAUUUUAUGUUCUACACCCCCCAUAUUUGCCACAAAGAAUUGUGAUUUUCCUGCCAUAUUUAACUUUGGUGCUUCAAACUCUGAUACUGGUGGUUUAGCUGCUGCCUUUCAAGCACUGCCGUUGCCAAAUGGAGAGACUUUUUUCAAUAGAUCAACUGGAAGAUUUUCUGAUGGUCGAAUCAUUCUUGAUUUCAUAGCACAAAGCUUUGGACUUCCCUAUCUAAGUCCAUAUCUUAAUUCUCUGGGGUCAAAUUUCACACAUGGUGCAAACUUUGCAACAGCAGGGUCAACAAUCAAAAUUCCUAAUAGUAUUAUACCUAAUGGAAUGUUUAGUCCAUUUUCCCUUCAAAUUCAGUCCAUUCAAUUCAAAGAUUUCAUACCAAAAGCAAAAUUCAUUAGGGAUCAAGGAGGUGUAUUUGCAACAUUGAUCCCUAAAGAAGAUUAUUAUUCCAAAGCCUUAUACACAUUCGAUAUUGGUCAAAAUGAUCUUACUGCUGGAUUUUUUGGUAAUAAGACUAUACAACAAGUCAACACUACUGUGCCUGAUAUAGUGAAGAGUUUUAUAGACAAUAUCAAGAACAUAUACAAUUUAGGAGCCAGGUCAUUUUGGAUACACAACACUGGACCAAUUGGAUGUGUGCCUUUAAUUUUGGCUAAUUUUCCAUCAGCUAUAAAGGAUAGAUAUGGUUGUGCAAAGCAAUACAAUGAAGUAUCUCAAUAUUUCAAUUUAAAGUUGAAGGAAGCCCUAGCUCAACUUCGCAAGGAUCUUCCACUAGCUGCAAUAACAUAUGUUGAUAUCUACUCUCCUAAGUACUCUCUUUUUCAAAAUCCAAAAAAAUACGGGUUUGAACUUCCACUGGUGGCUUGUUGUGGCAAUGGAGGAAAGUACAACUAUAACAUUCGUGCUGGUUGUGGAGCAACCAUAAACAUAAAUGGUACAAACACUGUUGUGGGUUCAUGUAAAAAACCAUCAACUAGAAUAAUAUGGGAUGGUACUCAUUACACAGAGGCAGCUAACAAGAUUGUCUUUGAUCAAAUCUCUAAUGGAGCUUUUACGGAUCCUCCUAUUCCACUCAAUAGGGCAUGUUACAAAAAGUGAUCACUUGAAGUUAACGAGCUUUUUAUAUUUUAAAAAGGCAAGUCAUAUUAUUAGUUUAAAAAUAAUUGUGUUAAAUCAUGGUGAAAAUUGAAUAAAAUUCUUUAUAUUAGACAUAUAUGGUUUUGUAGCAACCUUUUUGGAGUUAUCAAUGAAAUAUGUUUACAACAAGUUUAUAGGAAAACUUUGUUGUAAGAGAACAAUUUUACAUUCUAAA